UUUAUUUUCCGGCCCAAUAAUAGUUAGGCCCACUUUUUGAAACGGGCCGACGACCUGAUCUGCAGCACCGGCGAACCCGCUCAUAGCUUUAACUUGAUGGCUCCUGGUCACAAGGCAGAGAACACUCCUAAUCCAACGCUUGAUUGACACUUGGCUGUCAAAGGCAAUUGGGGAAGACCACGUGUUAAGCUGCAUUACACGUAGCCCCACACGUGGCAAUGAAUGAAUUGUUGUCAAAGUAGUAUAAAUUGUGACAAAAAUGGGUGUUGAAGCAAUCAGGUCAUCAGUAAGGUGAACAAUUAGAGGUUGAGAGGCAAACAAUUUCAGUGUUGUUUUCAAUUUUCAAUAUAACCAAAAAGCAAUGGCUGACAACUCCCAGAAGAUGAGCUACCAUGCUGGUGAGGCCAAAGGCAAAACAGAGGAGAAGACAAGCAAUUUGAUGGACAGAGCUGGCAAUGCUGCUCAAUCUGCAAAGGAAUCAAUAACAGAGGCUGGUCAGCAGGUGAGGGCCAAGGCAGCAGGAGCAGCUGAUGCAGUGAAGGAUGCAACUGGCAUGAACAAAUAAAAUGAUCAUAAAUGGAUUUCUCUGCUUUGCUUUAAUUUCCAGUUUCAGAACUUAAUUGGAUCAUAUUGUGUCCAAAUUUGUUUAUGUUUAGGCAGUUGUUUGUUUUUGUUCUUCUGCUGGUUUCUUUGUCUUGUCUUUUGUUUUGAACGAGGAAAGCACUAGUUGUGAUUUCAUGCAGAGAGUCUGUCAGUACUAAUUUUACUACUUGUUUAAUGCAAUUCCAAUUUGGAUUCAAA